AUGCCGCCUAAGACGGUCGAGGAGCAACUGGCCGAGCUCGAAAUGGAGGCGGAGGCACCCGCUGCACCCCCGCCCAAGACCUCCAAGACCGCCAAAGCUCCGCGCAAGACAGCCCAGCAGGACAUCGACGCACUCAAGGAGCUCGAGGAGCUCGAGGCGCUUGAGAAGUUCCAGGCGCCCGAAGCGCCACGGCCUUCCAGUCGCUCAAAUACACCGAAGCUAUCGUCGUCGUCGACCGCCUCUAGUAAAAAGGCAGGCGUUGCAACGCCGUCGUCCAGCGGUUCCGGGCGUACCAGCGAGGAGAAAGCGCAGCCAACGAGAAAAUCGGGAGAGAGCGCACGCUCAUUCCACCAGAGUUUUGCUCCUACUGAAGAGGAGCCUGUAAAGCCAGCAGAAGCACCCCAGCAACAAUCGGGCGGAUGGGGAUGGGGAGGCUUCAGUGUCGGGGGUCUGUUAUCGACAGCGACAGCGACCGCCGAUGCAGCGAGAAAGCGGGCUGAAGCAGCAUAUCAAGAACUGCAGAAGAACGAGGAAGCACAGCGGUGGGCAGAGCAAGUACGAGGAGUGCGAGGAAAUGUCAAUCUGGGAGCAUUGCGUGGACUCGGAGAGGAACUGCAGAAACGCGCCAUCCCGACCUUCACAAACCUUGUCCACACCCUCGCCCCGCCCAUCUCCCAACACGAGCGCCUCCAGAUCCACAUUACCCACGACCUUAUCGGAUACCCUUCGCUCGAUCCCAUUAUCUACCAGACCUUCUCUUCAGUGAUGUCACAAGUUGAGGGAGGUGACCUGCUUGUCAUCCAGCGAGGCUCAGAGUCGACACAGCGAAGUUCGACAGAUGGUCAUCGCGGCAGCAGUGCAGGCUGGAAUGACGGCCCAUGGUGGCGCGAUACCGACAAGCGGGACUUGAGCGUCGUCAAAGGACUUCCGGAGGGCACGAAGCUCGUCAGAGUAAGUGCUGAGAGCUACGCGACUGAAUUCUUCAACGCAAGAGGAGGCUUGGAAGAAGCAGCGAAGCAGGCGACCGAGGUUCUGAGCGAGUCAAAUCCCGUCCGAAGUAGUGACAUCUUCUUAGCUGUACAGGCGAUCAGCUACACUACGCCGGAAGAGCUCUUCAAGACUUCGCCGUCGUCGGAGGAGAAGGUGAACAAUGUCGAGGAACCCAAGGAGACAGAGGAGCUGGUUGUUUUUGCUGUCUAUUUGCACGACCCUAUCCACGGCAUCAGCUAUAAAGCACUCAGUCAGGCAUUCCCUGCGAAGUGGGUUGAGUGGCUUGAUGCGCCAGCGCCGACUGAAGAAGCUGGAGAGGAGCCACAACUGCCCGCAGAGAUCCAGCAGAUCAUCCAAGAUGGAGGUGUUGAUCCUCGUGAGUGGGCUGCCGAAUGGAUGUCCGAGGUUAUUAGCCUCAGUGUCGGUGUUGUUGCCCAACGCUACGUCGCGCGCAGAAUGGGUGUGGGUGAGGGCGGUAUUGGCCGUGGGAAGGCGCGUGAAGCAGUCGUUGAAGCCGGAGGUGGUGAAGCUGCCCGCGCUGGUAUCAUCUGA